CGUUAUUCCCAACUGUCAGUUCAGAUCAAAGACUGCACGCUUGAAAACCUUUACGGCAAAUCAACUGGAUGAAAUUAAAGAUCCCUCUGGUCUUUUUUACAUUCUGCCUUUUCAAAAAGGCUACUUGGUCAACUGGGAUGUCCAGAGACAGGUUUGGGAUUAUCUUUUUGGAAAAGAAAUGUAUCAAGUGGAUUUUGUAGAUACCAAUAUUAUUAUCACUGAACCUUAUUUUAACUUCAGUUCAAUACAAGAAUCCAUGAAUGAAAUUCUAUUUGAAGAAUAUCAAUUUCAAGCAGUUCUUAGAGUAAAUGCUGGAGCUCUUAGUGCGCACAGGUAUUUCCGGGAUAAUCCAUCCGAGCUGUGUUGUAUCAUUGUGGAUAGUGGAUACUCUUUUACACACAUUGUACCUUAUUGUAGAAGUAAAAAGAAGAAAGAGGCAAUCAUCAGGAUUAAUGUUGGAGGAAAACUCUUAACCAACCAUCUAAAGGAGAUAAUCUCUUACAGGCAGUUACAUGUUAUGGAUGAAACGCAUGUAAUUAAUCAAGUGAAAGAAGACGUGUGUUACGUUUCUCAAGAUUUCUACAAGGACAUGGACAUUGCCAAAUUGAAAGGAGAGGAAAAUACUGUAAUGGUAGAUUAUGUUUUGCCAGACUUCAGCACAAUCAAAAAAGGAUUUUGUAAG